AGAAAUAGGCGGGUUUAGCCAUAAUUAUGACUUUGUGGCUGUGGUAACCGGGUUGAUGAUCUCGAGGGAGGGUCCAAACAAAGAACAGAAGGGACUCCACAAUGGGAGACAGCUUCCAUGACCAGCUGCUGGAGGACAGUCGGUUCCUCCGGGCAGACCAUCGCCUGGACACAGAACUAGUGGAUAAGCUCAUCCUGCAGCUCAACAGGAUCUACCCACAGAUCCUCACAGACAAGGAGGCCACCAAAUUUAGGGAUCUUGAUGUGCCCACCUGCGUCCGACUGGCCGAGCUCCUGGCUCACCUGCAGGGGAAAGGUGAAGAGGCCUGCCGGGAGUUCUACCGGGCGCUUCACCUGCAUGUGGAAGAGGUGUACUUCAGCCUACCCACGCGUCUUCGCCUCAGAGAUUCUAUAGACCCGUUCACGAUUGCAGCCUCACCCACUCAGCAGAGAUAUGUGCUAAACGACAGAGGUCAUAUGUUCUUCCUGAGUUGUUUCAGUGUUGCAGUUGGGGUGGCUCUACUGCAUUACUAUGGCGAGUCCAAAGUAACAGGGGGCAGCAGGGCUCUUGGCAUGGCUGCUCUUGGAUUGGGCCGACGAGCCCGAGAGGUUCUCAUAUGGUACACUGAAGACCCCAUCAGGAAGUAGUGGGUGUGUCUCCAACACCACCAGCACAUCAGAACACACACUCCAAAGGUGCUUCCGGACAUCUACACAAUACACUACACUACACCCUUUUCACACUACCGUGCCAACCUGAACCAAACUGUGCGAGUUACAGCAACUACGGUUGAUGCGUAACCAGGCCAGUUUAGUACAGCUUGGUUGGGCUCUAUUCGAUUCGUCUCAGUAGUGUGAAAAGCCCUUAAGUCAUUAUUUUUUUUACAACUCAGUAAAUACUAUACAUAUAUAUAUAUAUAUCUUUUGGGUUUAGGGAUCUGACUUUCUCUUACAGCGCUGGUUUUUAUGGACUUUCAUUGUCCUAAUAAUGGUUAAUAAUAAUAAUAGACAUGCCUCUUCUCUGGUGAAAAAUACUAUUAUUACACUAAACUAAAGCCUCUGUUACUGAAUAGCAUCAGAUAUCCUGUCUGCAUUCAGCUUCAUUUGUGUGGUGUGGACACAGUAGACAUGUAGGGGCUUGUACAGAAUACCCAGAGACCAGGCUCACUUUAAAUACUGAACCUUUUCCACAGAGUGUGUUGUACUGCUUACAGUAUACUCAGGAGAUUGACAUUAGAAAACAUCAAUUUUAUUUGGGGUAUUUAUAAGAUGAGAUGUUUAAUUAGCUUAUUGAAGAAAAAAACAAUCAAGCACUACAUUUAUUGCAAUUUGUUUUGUGAUAACGUCUCUGUUGUCAGGGAGAGUCUAUAAGCGAAACAAUGUAAUAACAAUGUUAUAACAUGUUGUGCAUCCAGUGUGAAGUCUUGGGUUAAAUGUCUACCACAUAAUGCCUUUACAUUAGAUGAAUCCAGGUCCACUAUGGUUGUAUACCUAGGCAAGGUUUAAUGAAUGUGUGACCUAGCUAUAUCAGAGACAUUGCAAUAUGUUCACUAGAACUAUCACGUUAUAGUGGUUGACUUAUCUCCUGAUGUUUAAAGCUGGAAUCCUUAAUGGUGAAACUGCUACGUCCGUUUGCGAUAUUACAACAACAACGAAGUUACUGCAAAC